GUGUAUAUCUAUCUACAUGGACUGCUGCGCUUUCACUUUCAAUUCAAAAUGGCGGAGGAUGAAGUGCUGACAAAGUUAGCUUGUUACCAAUUUGCUGUACCAAAAGGGAGCGAUAAAGUUUACAAAGACGAAUGUGUUUAUUGUUUCGAUAAUCCAACUUCAGAAGGAGGUAUCUAUGUUUGCCUUUCAUCACUUCUGGGUGUAUCUUCAAGGUAUGUAAAACUUCAUGUGGAGAAGACAAAGAAAUGUGUGUUUUUGAACUUCCAAAAAGUUCCAAAAAAGAUAAUUAAAACUGAUGAUUCACCCCCAGAAAAGAAGAUCACAAAAUUAGCGAUAGGUGUUGAAGGGGGUUUUGAUGUCAACCAAGAUAAGAUUGAGUAUGAUGAUAUUAACAGUUUGGUUGUCACUGAUGAUCAUGGAAAUGAAAUUAAAAGAUAUUCACUGCCCAAUCCAAACUUGCCAUUGAAUGCACAGUUAUCCAUAGCUGCUGUUUUGUCUCAUCAAGGUGCAAACCUUCAAAGUGACAUCCAGGCAUGGGAAGAGAAACGGGUUGUAUCUAAACAUGCUGAAAACCUACAGCAACUAAAUAAUGGUGUUAAGAUUGCUCCCAAUGGGUGGAAAUGUUCACUCUGUGAUUUAACCCAAAACUUGUGGUUAAAUUUAUCAGAUGGAACAAUUUUGUGUGGAAGGCGCUAUUACGAUGGUACUGGUGGCAAUAACCACGCAGUGGAGUACUACCAACAGACAAACUAUUCAUUAGCUGUUAAACUGGGCACGAUAACUGCUGAUGGUGGUGACGUUUACUCAUAUGAUGAAGAUGACAUGGUUGAAGAUCCAAAAUUGAAAGAGCAUUUACAACAUUUUGGUAUCAACAUUGCACAGUUAGAAAAGACAGACAAAACUAUGACAGAGCUGGAGAUUGAAGCAAAUUUAUCUAUAAAAGCUGAGUGGGAUUUAAUUCAAGAAGCUGGGAAAAACCUUGUUUCACUUUUUGGACCUGGAUAUACUGGAAUGAUCAAUCUUGGCAACACUUGUUACAUGAAUUCAUUGAUGCAAGUGUUAUUCUCAAUGCAAGAAUUUCAAAAACAAUAUGGUGGCAAAGCAGUCGAAAUUUUUCAAUCUUCUACUCGUGAUCCACCGUUAGAUUUUAAAACUCAAAUGGCAAAAUUAGCAUUAGGACUUACUUCUGGUAAUUAUUCUAAACAACCUGCUGAUGACAAUCCAGAGUCGUUGGAAGUGAGACCACAGAUGUUGAAAGACUUGAUUGGACGUGGUCACGUCGAGUUUUCAACCAAUCACCAACAAGAUGUUCAGGAAUAUUUUCUACACGUUAUGGAUUUCAUCGAGAAGAAUGAAAAAAAUUUGGAAACGAAAUUAAAAGAUAGUUUCUGCUUCCAGCUUGAGGAUCGCAUCCAGUGUUGCAGCAGUAACAAAGUGAGUUACAAAAAGAAAGAAGACCUUCUUCUACAGUUACCAAUACCAUUAGACGCUGCAACCAAUAGAGAUGAAUACGAAGAGUUUCUUCGAAAACGAAAAGAAGCAGAAGAGAAGAAUGAAAGCAUCAGUUCACAAUCUGUCGUUCGCUUGAACAUACCUUUAUCUGCUUGUAUUGAAGCAUUUUCCUGCACUGAAACUAUCGACGACUAUUACAGCACUGCUGUCAAACAAAAGACCAACGCCCUCAAACAAACAAGAUUUGGCACAUUCCCAGACUAUCUUGUCAUUCAACUGCGCAAAUUUACCAUCAAUAAAGACUGGACGCCUGCAAAAUUAGACGUAUCUGUGGAUAUGACGGACGAAUUAGACUUAUCCCACUUACGCAGUUCUGGUCUACAGGCUAAUGAAGAAUUACUACCCGAAGACGAUGAGGAAUCAGAGAGUAGUGAACCUCAAUUUAAUGAAGAAUUAGUUAACCAACUGAUGGACAUGGGUUUUCCUCUGGAAGCAUGCAAAAAAGCUGUCCACUUCACAAACAAUCAAGGUGUUGAGGCUGCUAUGAACUGGGUAUUCGAACAUUCUCAGGACGACGAUUUUGCACUGCCUCUUCAAGUUGCUUCGAAAACUAAGAAAGAAGACGAUGUGGAUCCGUCUGGUGUCGCAAUGAUCGUAUCGAUGGGGUUCAGUGAAGCUCGUGCAAAGACUGCGCUAAGAAAAACGCAAAACAAUGUUGAAGCGGCAGCUGAGUGGAUAUUUACACACAUGGAUGAGCCAGAGGAAAUGGACACAACGCCUGCUAAGGAAACUACCGCCCCAUGCAAGGAUGGGCCUGGAAAAUACCGUCUCUUCGCAUUUAUCAGCCACAUGGGAACGUCAACAUCGUGCGGUCAUUAUGUUUGUCACAUCAUGAAAGAGGGAAGGUGGGUGAUCUUCAACGAUCGGAAAGUAGCUUUGUCGGAAGUUCCGCCGAAAGAUUUAGGUUAUUUAUAUUUUUAUAAACGAAUCAGCGAACAAGAUGGCUGAAUAUUUAUUUUUGCUUCUUUAAAGAUAUUUAAAUGUUAGAAUUCAGAAUUUUGUACAUGCUUAGAAUGAUAUCUGUUGACCCUUUAAAAAAUAAGAUAAAAAGAAAAUAGUGA